CAUCAACUACACUCGCGCACCGAGUUCGUUCGAGCACUUCGUUUUCAGCGACCUUCCGGAAGGCCCUCUGGGGUACCAGACGCCUGUCCUACCAGAGGUCAGCUGCGACUACGAGAGGGUCUACAUCCCGACCCCGAAUCCGCCGAGAUCGCUUCGAGCCACUCCGAGCAGUGCGCCUAGUCGAGUUGCACCCUCGGUCAAUGUGCCGUCUCCCUCGCCGACAUCCCCACCCUCGGGCGAGGCCAGCGGAUCGGCCCAGGGCGAGAGUACUGAACGCAGAAGACCGAGAAACUAUGGAGAACGCGCAUUCCAAAGCGCCUUUGCUGCUGCAUUGAGGCCUCGCAGGGAGCGGUAGGAUAGUCACCGUCCCAAGCGCACCUCAGGCCAUCAUCCAGUCCUGCAGGACGCGCGUCCACCGAUAGUCACCGAGUCUCGACAGGAGCCUACGUUCUCAUGUUUGCGCGCUUAGAGCAGCCGGCCAUAGGGGAAACACGGCCGUACUCAGAGGAGCCCUAUGAUCAGCAAUUGCAGAAUCAUCCGUCGCUGAUUCAACCUCCCUUGUUACGGUGCGCGCCUGU